GAAGUUGCACCUACAACAUCUCCUUCGAGCAGGCUAGCAUCCUCCCGGACACCACUGGCACAAUCAAGGAACUCGUCGCGUUCUGGUACAACUUUACAUAUAUCGAGAUUCCGCCGGCCCUGUCCUACAUCACGCGCAACGAUUCGGCCAUCACCUCGACGUCUGUGCAGUAUAACAUCCUCUGGGACAAGAGGACUCAGAUGAAUUGCACGGCCUCACCGAAGGACCCUGCAGUCUGCGCAGAGAAAGCCCAGACAGCAGUCUUGUCGCCAACCAGCGACCUGAGAUGCUUGUCUCACAACUCCACGAACGACCUCAUCCAGGAGCUGGAUGUUGUCCUCAGUUUCACCAUCGAGGGCCUCUAUCCAGGCGUGGAGUACUUCGUGGUGUGUGCCGGAUGGAUCCCUGGGCAGUUUUGGGUUCCUACUGUUGACAUCGAAGAUCAUUGGAGCACCCAGCAGACAUUCACAACCCUGGCAGACACUGAGACGGGCAUUACAUCCUUCCAACUCACCGUCUACGCAGUCUGCAGCGAUGGAAGUAUCAAGCAGAUCUACACGAGCGCGCUGCGCACGAGCGAGUUCGAGCUGGGCUACACAGCCCAAAUCGACCAUUGGAUUGCUGCCUGCCAGCCAGGCAUCUCGCUGCAGCUAUCGGAGAGUGUCGACUUCAUCUAUCAAGGCGACAUAGUGACGGCUAGCGCCAACGCAUAUGUGCAGUGGGACGCCGGGCCCAAUAUCACAGUGACGUAUACAAAGCCUGCAGACGCUACUGAGAGUGCCAUUGUCACUGCCUACCUCAAGUUUACCGUGCUGGCGCUGGCAUGGUGGGAGGAGCAGCUGUCUUCCAACAUGGCCGCCCACCAGGUAUUAGGGCAGAUCGUCGACAUCGGCUUCAGCUAUCCGCUGUUCUCCGCCAGCGAGGUACCCGGCUAUCCGGCCAACGCCGAUGUCUCGGCACCCUACAUGAUUCUGAGUGGGGGCAGCUCCCUGCCGCCACUGCACAACUCCACGGGCGUGGCGCUUCCCACGGGGUACGAAGAGCUGGUUUUGGACGUUGGUGCCAAGCUCAACUUCAACAUCAAGGCAGUUAGGUGGUAUAGUGAUGAUGGCCGUUACGCUGAUGUCAGCCAUAUCGUGCUGCUGAUGUUCAGAGGAAUGUCAGCAACUGUAACUGAUGUUGGCUUUGGCAUGGCACUGGUUCCAUCUGUCUACAAGAUGCUACACCUGCAUGCUUCUCCUGAAAAAUCGAAACGGGUGCCUGAUUUGUCGCCCAGUUCGCAGGUGUCGCAAACGACCUUUGACUGGAACGACGCAACCUGGCGCAGUCAGCAAGAUGACGAAUCCCCAGAAGAGCACCAUUAA